GUCAGUUUGCAGAAUUAUUCUCUUACGAUGGCAGAGAAGUCACAAGGAUCUGACAACCCUCCAGAAAGCCAGGAAAAGAGCAAGAGAAAGACCCUGAGGUGCACCAAAACAGCGUGGGCUCCUCUGGAUGAGCAGCUGCCCCCUGGCUCUGAGGAAAGCCAGGGCCUCCCCAUCCCCAUGCUGGAAGAAUCCAAACACGAAAGUAUUCAGCAGUGGCUGGACUCUGGAUUCUUUGUCUCUGUAAAUGAAAACUUUCAGCAAGUCAUUGACCACUCUGUUCCUUUGUAUGAGCAAGGGAUGUUUCAAAUGACCGUGAAAGACUACAUGGGAUCCCUGCAUCAGUUUUCAGGAACUCCCACUCUAUCCAGAGGGACCAGUUUCAACUCUUGCCAUUCUACUGCAAGUAUACCACAAAGCAUUCCUGAAUGGCUGGACUUUUGGGAAAAUGAUCCAGUGGAAAUUCUCCUGGCUCUGGGGUUCGGUGCUGACGAGCCAGACAUCUGCACCCAGAUCCCAGCCAGAUUCCUUGGUUGUGGCUCGGCCGCCAGAGGAAUCAACAUCCGUGUUUUUCUUGAAGCUCAAAAGCAGCGAAUGGACAUUGAGAAUCCUAACUUGUAUGGCCGUUUCCGACAGCUGGAAAUCCUGGACCACGUGACCAAUGCCUUCUCAUCUUUGUUGAAUGAUGUCAACAUCCUACAAAACAAAGCUGAUGAGAAAGCUAGAGGAGAGACUGUGCAGAGAACCUCAGUGAGUGGGUCCAAAGAGCAUCAGAGAAGAAUGGGUAAAGUUUUAAGGAGAGCCUCGAAACAGAACAUCAGGAGAGACUGUAACCCAGAAGUGUCCGAGACCUUUAAGAUGAAGGAUGAAUUUUUCAUCCCCUCUUCAAAACCAGGGGAGUGUGGAGCAGAGUUACCAGCAGCCCCAGUCAAUCACAACCAAAAUCAUUUGUCUCCUUUGGCAGAGCAUCAGUCUCUCCAAGCCUGUGAUGACUCGAUAUUCCGUCAUCCUCCCCAAGCUGGCAAGCAGUGGCCUUGCCCGUCCGCGCUGGCCAAGCAAGAUCCUCCCUCCUGUGUGUCUGGGGGGUCCAUCAAGGACAGAAUUCAGACUCACAAGCUCAGGAACUUGUCUCAUCUUGCGAGUAAAGGACCAGACUCCUUUGAAAUGGAAGAAGUCCAGAGUUUUGAAGAAGAAACUGGUAAUCCUCUUGGUGUGACCUCAGGAACUGUAGGUGCCAGGGUGGACAGAGCCAACAGCUGCCAGUCUGACAGCAGCGGGUUCCUGGAGGAGCCCCUAGAGCCACUGCCCCUGCAGAUGCCGACCCUGCCAAGCAGCCAGAGUCCUGCUGAGAAUGCUGGUGGAAAGCCAAGGGAACCAAGCUGCAGCCUCCCGCCACCCCAGGACUGUCAGCACGAGUCAGACGAGUCUGAUUCCAGGAGUAUGAUGAGCACGUCCUUUUCAAGCCAAGACUGGAGUGUCUUGGAAGAAAAAGCUUCAACAUCUGUGAUGGAGGAAGAGUCUCAGCUUGAGGCCAUGGAAGGCUCACCAGAGCUGUUGACCCCAGACAUGGCCCUUACCAAGGAGAACUGCACUGGCGGAGAACACCCAAGGAAAGACAGCCAUCUGCAGCAGCCUCUGCCAACAACCCACACUGAAUACAAGGUCACUGAAGCCACAGUAACUCCUAAAUGUGAUCGUCCUUUGGGGUUUAUGGCAACCCACAUCACAAAAAUGAAGGACGGGUUUCUGAGGCCCGAGGGAGCUGGAGAAGUACACGUGAAAAGCCACCACUGUGAGUCUCACAGGUCACCUGGAAAUGACCAUGCUCGAGACAAGUUCCCUCACGUUGACUGUGAGGCCCCAAGGGAAAAGGAAAGCUGCAGACUCUGUCCUGACACCAACAGCACCUUACUGGCAGGAGAAAGUCCACCCCAGCAUGUCCCCAAGCACAGUGAAGUCAUCGCCUGUACAGCUGACUUUGUUCAAACAUCUGGAAAGUCCAUUCCCCACCUCCAUAAACUGCCUGGAGAGACUGCCCAGGUGAAGCCAAGGUGUGGCGCUUUGGGUCAAAUACCACCCAGGACAGAAGCUGGGGUGGAAAACCUUCCUCCAAAUGCUGACUCAAACACUGGCAGCUCCAGGUCUGUGACGACCCAGAUGUCCUCCAAUCUGGUGUCAGCUGCUCGGAGUGCUGUGGCCUUGGGGACUGAUUCUAAAGGAACAUCUUUAGAAUGUACGAUGUGUGACCCUGUUACCACAGGGCCAAGACUGGGGGCAGAAGAAAGACAGUUCAAGGAUGCUUCCAUUCAAACAUCUCCCUGUGAGCCCUGGCCCUGGCAUUUCUGUUCAGCCCCAAGUAACAAGGCCUUGACACACGGACCCCAGCCCCUCACCAAAUCUGUCUCUCUAGACACAGGCUUCCCUAGUAUCUACCCAGGGGGCGUCUGCCACGCUGUUCCUGCCCACUGCUGUGUCUGCUGUUGUCACCAUUGCCACUGCCCCGGGGAGAGCCAAAGCCCUGGCCCCGCACCCUCAGUCCGUAGGCAUUGCCUGUACUCACAUAGUGACCACCCGGAAGCCCAGUUCAUGAAGACUUUGAAAGUCCUUCAGGACACUGCAGUGAGGGAGCUGUGUUCCUGUACAGUCCACGAGAUGGAAGCUAUGAAGACGAUUUGCCAGAGUUUCCGGGAGCAUUUAGAGGAAGUUGAACAGCACCUUACGGGACAGCAGGCACUCUUUUCCAGGGACAUGUCGGAGGAGGAAAGGGAAGAGGCUGAGCAACUGCAGACUUUACGUGAGGCCUUGAGGCAGCAGGUGGCGGAGCUGGAGUUUCAGUUAGGAGACCGGGCUCGGCAAAUCAGAGAAGGGAUUCUGCUGCAGCUGGAGCUUUUCACAGAAGAACCACCUGAACACUAUACAGAUCUCCACUGGGCAAAAGAAAAAAGUGGCCAGACUUUAUGUGCUAAACUCCACCCAGCCAUGGCCCCUGGAGCUGUCUUUCCUCCCAACGAUGGCCAGCAGCCUCUCUGCUCAGGUGGGACCCAGCUGGCUGCCUUCCCUCCAUCCACCUUGGAGAGCAACACCAGGAUGUCUCCUCCCCCACCAUCUCAGGCGGACUUAGGUCCAGCCCCUUCGCCAAAUUGUCCUGUUGGAGAAAAAGAUACAAAUAUCUCUCUCUAGAUAUAAGCAGUUUGAUAACCUAUGUGUAAGCUGUAGCAAGGAAAAAAUCUAAA